ACUUUCCUGUACUUGACCUUGCAACCUUAACAUUCUUUUAUUGUAACACGUGUAUGGUAUCUACAGUAUCUCUACAAAACACCCUGUAGUUCAUGCACACCUUUAUGUACUUCAUGGUACAUGUUAAUAUGUGGUAUAAAUGUAGGUGGCAGUCAUGCUACCUCAUUCAGUCAACUCCCUUCUCUUGUAGGCUUUGGGCCACAGGGCUUACAUUUACAUAAUACUUUUCUUGGCUAUGUAACUAAUUGUUGUCUUUUUUUUAAAGAGAGCGGAAGAAUGCAGGAGAAAAGUAUGCCAGCCAGUAAUACAGGGAUAAUGAGAGCCACUCACUUGCUGCAGUUACCGCAAGAAAUGCUGACUGAGAUAAUCAUGUACCUUCCUCCUGCGGAAAAAUCCAAAGUCCGUGCUACGUGCAGUCUCUUCAAGGAUCUGGUUGAUCAGCCUGUUGUGUGGCGAAAGAGUACCAUUGUCCUCCGACGCAUAAGCGCUUUCAAUGCCGAGUUCUGGGACGUGCUUCGGAAAAGAAAGAUCACUUCUGUAGAAGUGAAAGAAAUUGGGCUUAAGCAAUGGCAAAAGCUGCUGAGGUUCAUGCCUGGUCUGCUAGAUGUAACUGUGGAUUCCCUCUGGAGCGAGGAAAUCCUGCAAGGGUUACAGCUGCUCACAGAUCUACAGAAACUUCACUUGAAAACAUGCUCUAGGUUGUCUGAGAGAAGUGUAAUCCGGGAAGUUGUGCACUUUCAACACCUUACCCACUUGUUGUUGUGCGGCAUAACCUUCUUAAGUGGCAGUGAAUUGAUCAGAAUUGCUUGCUUACAAAACCUACAUACGCUCUCAUUGCAUACUGUGCAAAAGGCUCUUCCUGAGAAAGCACUAGAGUAUGUUUUAUUCCAUUUACCAAAACUCAGAGAACUGUCACUUUCUUAUAUCCUGAGUAAGGAGCAUUUUUUGUUAUGCCUCAGUUUGCCAGAUAGACAUCCCAUCCCUUACUCAUCAGAAGAGCGUUUCCUGGAUCAGCUCUCCACCAUCCACACUCUGACUGUUUGUUACAUCAAGGACUUUUUGUUACACUCAGUGGAUGCCUUUGGACAAGUGCUGAAGAACCUACCAAACUUGACAGAAUUAAAUCUUCUAUGGAUCUCCAAUUUGGAUAUGUUUGUUGAUAACAUUCCUUCCAGCCUUGUUAAACUAAGUGUGAUUGGAACCAAGCUCUCAAACUCUGCUCUCAGCUGUUUGUCUGACAAAUCCUGGAAGCUAAGAGAAAUGGAUCUAACCCUCUCAUAUGGAUUUGAUGAAAAGACUCUGAAACAAUUUCCCCACCUCUUUCCACUGCUGACUAGACUCUGCCUUAGUGGUUUUGUUUUGACUGACAAUAUCUUGUUGAGCUUGGCUAAAAUGGAGAGUUUGCGAGAACUUGAUGUUACGGGUGGCACAAAUCUGACAAAAGAAGCAAUCCAGAAUUUUCGCAUCACAACGGACUGCAGGGUACAUCUCCUUGUAGAGCGGCAUUCAGUGUCUUCUAAAUGUGACUGCUUAUGGAGCACGUAGUACACUGCCUUUCUUUUAACCCACCACUGUUUACAGAGCUUUGAUUGCGAAAUGUACUGCUAUCAGGAAACCAAGAACGUUCUGUAACGUUCUGCUGAAAUUCCAUGUGAGGAAGAGAGGUAGUGGAAACAAACCUUCAACAUUCUCAAUAACUGUAUAGCUCUUCACUACAGCCAAUGGCUUAUGAAUAUGAAAAACAGAAAUGUCU